GAAAUUAAAGACAUAGGCCUAAUAUUAGAGUUACAGAAAUACAUUUCCAAAAUAAUUUUUAUUAAAAUGGGCGACUUUUGUUUGGAUCAACUCAGGAAAUAAAUUGAUUUUACGAUUGGUUUUUAUAGUUCAGCGAACACAAUUAGACGCGUAAACUUUGUAAUUUAUGUGACGGUUACUGUUCAUGUUCGUAUACUUUUUUACUUUUUAAAUAUUGUUCACUCACGUUUUUUUGUUUACUAAACUGUUUAGUUAGACUUCGGCUACGGCGCUUACUUUCUACUACUAACUACUAAGUUACCAAAGUACUAGACUACUACUACUACUAGUACGUUACAACUGCUCGUUCUACUAGUCGUAACUAGUACUACCUACAUUAGCCUACAUACCAUAUACAGUCUAUAGGUUGACUAAAAUUAGACUAUAGUAUAAUUAUAAUCUUUAUUUUGUAGGCCUUUACAUACUCAACUCUUUGCCUGUCUGGUCUAUACUUUGAGUAUGACUUAUAAUAACUUGACUUAUAGUCUUAUACUAUACUACUUAUACUUAUAGUGUCUAAUAUUAUAAAUUAUAUACUAUAGUUAUGGUAACUAAGACAUAGCCCAUCAUAGUCAUACUCAUACUCAUAGUAGUCAUAGUCAUAGUCAUCAUGUGUAUGGUGAGAUGCCCCCUAACUUAAGUCUAAGUCUAAGCAUAAAUAACCCAGUAACUAUUUUUUUUUUUUUCCGAAUAUUUCUUGUUAUACAUUUUCAUAUUCGAAAUAAGGAAAUCAUGUGUUUUGGAUCAUAUCACCUGCAUUAUUUUUGGAAUUUUGGGGUAUCCUCAAUUGUGGAUCAUGACACAUACUGACUAGUUUUGAUUACCAUACUGGAAAGAACUCAACAUGUAAUCCAACAUUACAUUUGCAGCACUGUUUUCUUGUGUUAGUCUUACACACUGCACACUUCCUUUCUUCGUUUACCCGUUUCUGUUAGUGGCCAGUUCCAGAGGUUCUGACAUCAACAGGAAGAUGACUCUUGGAUGUUUUCGAGAAAGAUUUCUUCACCAACUUUUUUGUGUCAGAUAUUGGUGAAGAAAGAGCAAGAUAUGCUCUGGCUACAGACCUUCUGAAAUCCAACAGAUGAAUUGCACCAUUUGAAAAACAAUAUAGUACGGUAAGGGGCCGUCCAUAAAGUAUGUCACACUAUCUUUGACCAUUUUUACCCCCCCCCCUCCCUCAUGUCACAAACUGUCACAAAUCUCAGAACCCCCCCCCCCCAGUAUGUCAGACUUUUGAACAAUUAAAAAAAAAAAAUUAACGCCUAAUUAAAAUUUAAUCUAAAACACACUUCACUAUUAAACUGUUUAAAAUAUAAAAUUUCCACUUAAUAUACAGUAUCACAUUAUUAAAAUGACUUUAAUAGAAGAAUAGUUAAUUGUCGACAGUUGUCACAGUUAUUCAUUGAAGCAGUAACUCAAUCUAGCUUGAAUUUGAAAACAAAAAUUGCAAAAAUUUGUCUACACAAUUAUAUAAUACACAUCAUUUAUCUGAUUCUUUUUCAUUUACAAUAGGUGAGGUCAAGUUUUAGAUAAUCUUCCAAUUAUGCAAUCUUUUUACACAGGAUAAGAAGUAGAUUAACGAAACUUGACCUCACCCAGUGAUUAAAUAUUAAAAAGGACUGUGACAUAAUUAUGCAGCGGACAACAUAGAAAUAAUAAUACUUCAGGCAUGUUGAAAGCAAGGCUAUACAUAAAAUAAGGCUUCGCAACAGCAUACUAGUGCUCCUAGCGAGAGUAAUCAUGAACAACACAUUCAGGAGAUACGCAUUUCAUGCUAUUUUGACAUAAAACUAAUUCGAGUGUUUCACAAAAUUUUUGAAAAUUAUUUUUAAAGCUAUUAAAUUCUACUAAAAAAAAUAAUUAAUUAGAAAAUGUGUGACGUCACACAUGGCCUGACCCCCCCUUCCCCCUGUCACAAACUGUCACACUUUCUUACACCACCUCCCCCCCCUCUGGAGCGUGACGUACUUUAUGGACAGCCCCUAAGUGGAAAUUCACCAUUGCUACAUCAAUGGCAUUGGUAAGCAAAGGGGAACCACUUCUAGCCCCUUAUUCUGUAUUUUGGACUUCCAAUCCAUCUUAUCAACCCCACCCAUGUGUCAGUUAUAUUCUGCUCUAUUUGGGUUGGGAUACUUGAAUCUCUUUCUUGUUAGCCCUAAUCCAUCACUUCAUCUGUGAUAUUGGGUAGAUGGUUUCAUGGUUGCUGAGUAGCUUUACACAACUGUUGUCAUUCCAAGUGGUACCCAAAAGUCACUCUGGGAAUCAAAUUUGUUGCCGCAUGUUCCACGUUCUGUUUUCUUCAUGUCCUUGUCAGUCGCAAUAGUACACUUGUUUAUUCUGUUGAAUCAAGCAGUGUCUGUUACCCUGACACCAAUAUCCUGCAAAUAUUUCAUCAAGGAAAAUCCUGUGAGGAAAUUUUCUAAGUAAAUCUUGUAAUCAUUUGGUGUCUCUAAAAUCGAAAUCAUUUUCUAAACAACAGAUGCCCCAAGUCAGGUCAUCAUCAGUGCCUGUAGCCUUACCUUCAUAGACUUGCAUCUGGUAACAGUAGCCUGUUUGUGAGCAGAAAAUCGCCAGGUACAUCAUCAUUAAUAUUGCUGUCAUCAAUAUCUUUGUUGUCUGACACUUAGUCAACUUUAUCUGGAGGAAGUUCCACGAUAUCUAUAAGACCAUUGUCAUCCUCUUCUUCAUCAGAACUGAAAAGCGCAUUGUCAUUUAUUAUAUCAUCCAUUUCUUUCAAAGAAAGGACCCUGUGUCAUGCCAUUUCUUGUAAAACACAUUUAUGAAAUAUUUGCUGAAAUUCAUGUCAGUAUUAGAUAUAAUCCCCAAAUUGGGAUUGAGAUAGAGAUAUUUCAGUAUACAGUAGCCAUCAAAACUAUAACAUGGAUGAAAAAGUGCAAUUAUAGUACUUAACACUUGACAAUCAUCAAGAUAAACCCAAGAAAUGAAAAGGAACCUCUUGGAUAAAUACUUAUUCUGCUUACAAAACCGAUAUUCCACUCACGUGACGAAAAUAGCUGCCCUUACCGGAAGAAUGAUUUCGCGAGCAAAGCCAACCAUGUGCACAAGCUAAAUUUAGCAUCCACAGCACAGGCGCAACCCUGAUGAGUCAUGUGCAUAUUGCUGUUUCCUAAGUAGGUUGCAGUGACGCCACUAGACAGUUUAAAAUACAUGAUCCCAAAUGCGGAUCAUGGCAGUUAAUGGGUUAAUACGCUAUGGGGGUAAAAUAUCAUUUUAGCGAAUUUAAUUAGACUAUUAAUAAAAAAUAUCCAUUAUCGUUUUAGUGAAUUCAAUUAUUAACAAAAAUGUCCACCGUUGUUUAAGCAAAUUCAAUUACAAAUAUUAAGUUAAUUUAUUAAGUUAACCAUUAAUUUUAAGAUGCAAAGUUAAAGCUCAAAUUUGGCCUGGUUCUGUACACCGCAACAGUGCACUAUAUCUGUAAUUUAAAUGAAAAACCCAUAAAAUUGUGUCUUAACAGUGAAUGAGUGAUUCUCACAUUCACAUACUGAUACUGGUUGACAUGAUCAGGAAUUAUUUUUGCUUUACUAAGUAAAGUUCAACUUCAAGCAUUAUUUUUUGGAGUUUGUCCAUUUGGAACCAUUUAUAUUCAUUACAAUUGAAGAGACUGUCAGGUAAGGUGUAGAUAUUAGUUUGAAGGAAGUGCUAAUACUUAGGAGAGUUAGAGAAUUGUAUUUUUGAGAACACUUGAAAAUAUAAUAUAUCGGUAUUGUAACUUUUCCUUGAGAACCCCUGUGGAACAUAAUUAAUGUAAUAGUAUCUUGUGGAAUAUUCUGUUAAUUUAGUGAUUUUAUUUCAUAAAUAUAUUUAAAUAUUUCAACCGCAAAGCCCCAUGCUCAAGGCAUUAGUUUUUACAUUUGAACAGUAUCAUUUGUGGUGAUGUAUGAUGAGGGUGUCUAAUUUUCUUUUUUCUUUGAUGAUUUGCGUCAAGGGGGUGGAGGGGUAUAAACAAAUUUUCCAAAAUAAUGUGACAUUCAAAGUUAGUAUGUUCUAUAUUAUGCAUAUGGAAAUAAAUUCGCUAUUUAGAUUUCAACAUUAUAAAAAUAAUUAAAUUAUCUAAAAAUGAUAUUUUACCCCGUAUUGUAUCCCUCAGAUAUCAUAACUUAUGCUUUAUUUUGGUCUCACAGUAAAAGUUGAAAUUUGUUGUUUGCAUAGUUUUUUUUUUUUAACAUUUAUCUUCUAUGAUUAUUUAAAUGCCAUUUGUCUUAAUGUCCAGGACAAUCCACACUUGUUCAAUGCGUUGGUAGAUUUAAUAUGUGUCCAUAGAGGAAGAAACAGUAUGUUUAUAAUUUCUCUAUAUAUGAAAAGAUUAGCAGGUUUGGUUUAGGGCAGGGGUCUCAAACUCACGGCCCGCAAGAUGAUAUUCUGCGACAUGACAACAAAUUUAGUUCCCCAUUCUCAUAUCUAUAAUGUGGCCCUUUGCGACUGUUUCAGUCGAAUCUCACCGACUAGUCUAAUUCUGAUUUUUAUUAUGUUUGUAUAGAAAUGGACUUUGAUUAUAAUGAUAAAAACUGUUUUAAAAUCGGACUUAAAGUUUUUAAUUUUUAGCAUUUUCUCGCUACAAAUUUUAAAAAGUCAGUUAGUGGGUAAUGCACAACCAUAAAUAUGUAAAUCAUAGCAAUCUGACCCAGAUUCAAAGAAUCCCUAUUACAAUUGCCGCUAAUGUUUACGAGUGAGGGAGAUUCUGAACAUGUCAGUGUGUGGAACACUUGAUGCUGCAUUGUCCCACUCAGGCUCUGCCUCCUGCGGCCCAGUCUCACUCAGGCCCUGCCUCCUGUGGCCCAGUCCCAAUUAGACUCUGCCUCAUGCUGUCCAGUCUCACUCAGGCUCUGCCUCCUGCGGCCCAGUCUCACUCAGGCUCUGCCUCCUGUGGCCCAGUCCCAAUUAGACUCUGCCUCAUGCUGUCCAGUCUCACUCAGGCUCUGCCUCCUGCGGCCCAGUCUCACUCAGGCUCUGCCUCCUGCGGCCCCCGGAUGAUUUGAGUUUGAGACCCCUGGUUUAGGGCCUAGAGAAAAUUUUCACCUUUUUGGCAUGUAAUCAUGAAAUGCUUUCAAUACAAUUGCAUGAUGUGUAACAAAUAAAAUUAGGUAUGUGUACCAAAUUAUGGUUUACAGAACCAUGGAAGUAUUUUAUUUAGUCAAGUAUCAAAUUAAAAAUCAGUAGGAAUAUACAUGAUUCAGUCAUGUUCAUUUAUAUACUGCAUUCUCAAGGUGUGGAUUAAAGAACUGUUAAAAAUUUGAAAGCUCUUACUUUAAGUAUUAUAAAUGUUCAGAAAGAGGAAGGAUAAAUAGUUAUUUUUUCCAAAAUUGUUAAGUUAACAUGCUUUCUUUUUUCCAAAUAAUGUUGAAAGUGACGCCACAAUUGCAGGGAGUUGAAGCUGUAUACUGCAGUGUCUUUUGCUAUGUAUUUUGAAAGUACAUAAUAAUAAUGAGAAUAAAAUUUUUGAGUAAAAUUUUAUUAUUAAUCAAAUUAAACCCUUAGAUCAGUGGGUCCUCAAGCUAUGGCAUGGGGGCCAGAUCCGGUCCACCAGGGGUCCUUUACCUGGCUUCCUUAAAGGAAGCAGCGAAAAAUUAGGAACCAUACAUUGACCAUCUGAUUUUAGCCAAAAGCAGACUCAUAUAUUUCUCUGAAAUACUAAUAAGUUAUGUUGAUUAAACUAUUAUCCAUUUUUAAAUAUUGUAUUGUAUUGUUUUAUCAUUUUUGUAUACAUUCCUAAAAACUAGAAACCUUUAUAUAUCCAUUAAUAGUAUUUCAACUACACAUUAUAUUUUGACAUUAUUGUUUAACUUGCAUACUGUAUAUACUGGCGUAUAAGUCACACCAGUGGAUAGGUAACAUUUCUAAUAUUAAGACAUUAUUACAAAAGUGAAUAAUAACUGUAAGUGAAAUUGGUUGUAAUGGAGUGGGAUUUUAUUGAGUGCUGGCUGCUCUGUUUCGACGAAAACUGAUUUACUGAUCUAAUCUAAUAAUAUGCAGCCAUCUUCUUCAAAUCCCUGUGAUGUCAAGUAGAUAGAUGACACCCUUGAUUUUUAUUAUCAAACGUUUUUUUGUAAAAUAAAGUGCAACCUAUAUGCGAUUAUAUACGGUAAUAACAGUUAGUUAUUCAUUUUAGUGAGUAUUGUUAAUUAGGAAAUUUUUGUUUUUAAUUAAAUAGCUUAAAAUUCUAUUUUCAGACCUAUUAAAUACCAAAUAAUGCACAACAAAAGAUGGAGAAAAGGAGACAGUUUCUAGUCAUUAUACUUUCGUGGCAUAUCUUGUCUAUCAUGGUACUCUUGAUUGCCAUCCCAUUUUUGGGUGUAACUUCUUCUGAUUCAGUUAAUGGUAUGAUUCAAUCAAUUUUAACCUUAUAACAUUAUCAUAGAAAUUUAAGUAAGCAUAUAUUAUUUUUGUUUCAAGUUCAGUAAUUUUUCUUGAGCUGUACAACAAUUAAACUAUUAAAAUGAGAUGUUUUUAUUUUAAAACAUAUAUAUAUUUAUAUAUUUACAGAUACAAUGGAAGCCCGCUAUAACAUAGCUCACCAUAAUGUGAAUUCUGAUAUAGCACGGCCAUCUCAUGGCUCCCAAUAUUUCGUAUAUUCUUUUGCUUAUGAAUUUUAUUUUGUUGCAGUACAUGAAAAAUAUAAAAAUAUUUAACUUCAUUUUUGGGAUGAAAUCGCAUAUAAAUAAAAUAUUAUCGUGGCAUGGUUCCUGAGAUUUGAAAUUAAUUAAUAUCAAAGAAUGAAAGACACCAACAUCUUAUGUGGGCUUAGCAAUGUUAUUAGACACAAUUAGGAGAGAGUAAAGAAUGACAGUAAUUGCAACACUUUUCUCAUGGAAUCAAGGUUUCUGGGAAACCUUGAGGUAUGAAUACAUUGGUAGGCAUCUUGGGAACAUUGGGAUUAGAUCUCAUAAAAAUAUUGUAGAACCCAGAAUAAAUUUUGAUCUUGUUAACACCAUCCAAUCUUAUGGAUCCCAAUUAUUGCAUCAGAAAUUAUAUCGGGCUUCCACUUUAUUUAGAAGAUGAAACUUGUUCAUAUCUCCACUUUCUUCUUUUCAAAUAAUGUUGGUAAAAUGCUAUAUAAUAUAAGAACAUUUAACUUAAGACUGUCUAAAAAUAUGUAAUGUACUUUUGGAUGAGUUCUAAAUUACUAAAGUUUAUUACAGAUUUCACCCACACUGGAAGUGACCAAGCAACCUCCAGCCUGCUUCCUACCACAGCACCAGUCAACUCAUCUAGCAAUGACAGCGAAGAAGCUAAUGGACCUCAAGCUCCGAAUUGCACUAUUAAUGCUGAGGAGUGGUGUCCAGAAAAUGAAAACUGUAGUUCUUUAGGAGGGGAGUGCCUUGACUGUAUAUUUAAUACCUCUUGUAUUUAUGGGACUUUACAAACUGUAAAUUGUACCCCAAAGCCCAGUGUAAAUUGCACUGUAAGUCUGUUUAAUGCAAAAAAAUAUUAUUUUUUUUAAUAGUAAUAUCAUAAAUUUGUUUAAAAGAGCAUUUUUGGUUAGUUAAAGGAAUACUCCGUGCAGACAAAAGGGUGACUAUAAGAAACACAUAAUUUGAAAACAUAAAAUAUUGCAUAUAUUUGCAUAACUAGGAAAAUUGACCCCUUGGCUAGAACUGAAAUUGUUCUCCAGUCCAAACAUGAGUUUCGGAUACUUUGACAAGAUGGGGUAAAUACAUAUUUCCUAGCUUAUUGUGCGUCCUUUUAGUGGCAUCCAGGGCACUUGUGAUGUCUUGCUCCACCCUAGAUCGGAUUCUUUAUGCAUUUCAUCUCCAUUAAAACAAAAAAAAGAAGGUAGAUAAUAAUAAUAAUAAUAUAAAAUGAAAAUUACACAAUAUCACAAUAUUUGUUUACCCAAUCCCUUAACUAAAUGACACCAUAUUAUUUCAAUGACAAUAAAUAGACCCUGGCUUCAUGAAAUGAAAUGUACUCAAUAACAAAAUGGCUAAUUUCCAUGAAAUCUAGUAGAUGACUUAUCACUUUUACGGCUCAGGUAAAAUAAUUAUUAAUUGUUUGCACUCAAAAUGGUUAAAAGAAAUGACUUAGUGUGACAAAAAAUGUGACACAAUAUUCACACUUUAAGUUCUCAAAGGCAGCAGGGCAUUGAUUUUCUAAAUGCCCAUCACUCAAAGUUAUCCAUUAUCUUGCCACUGUCUUUUUAUUAUUAUUAUUAUCAUAAUUUUAUGCAAUGCUCAUUGGCCUAUAACAAAUACAGUAACGAUUUCAACCCCUGUUGCACAAUCAGGUAUAAUCUAUUUACGUACUUUACAUGUAGAGGCCAGACCAGACUGGGAUAAUUUUAUCUGCAGACCUGUAGUGUUAGUAUAUAUCACAUAAUACACACCUGUCAAGACAAAAGCAAAAAGUGACCUUGGAUUUUGUUCUAUUCUAUUUUUGGAGAAAAAAAUCCAAUGCUCAUCAGUUUUUGACAUUUUCCCAGCUGACACCUAUACUUAUAUAUUAUACAGUGUGGUAAUGUUUUUAAACUGUACAAUAAAGCACAAUAUUUUUAUAACAAUAAAGUAAGAAUAUUACAUUUUAACUCUUUAACAAAAACCCUUUCCAUGGGAGUGUACAGUUAUCUGAAAAAUAGUUAUUAUCAGUACCAGGCCCAGUUAGUUCUGAAAAUUGAUGCUCUACUUAAAAUAACCAGAACUUGAGUUAAAUGAAUAGUUAGUAUUUGCAACACUAAGUGGCGAGAUGCCUUUCAGGCAGGAUUUUACAAUUUAUCUUUUAUUCUUGUUUUUCACCUGUAACUAUUCUUUUCAUCUAUUUUGUUUCAAAACCGCACAAAAAAUAUUAAAAAACUGCCAAUCAAAAACUAACUUUCAUAGCUAGACAAAUAAAGACAUAUUGUUACCCUUUUUAUAUUUACUAAUAUUAAAUUGUAACUAUGGAAAUGCAUCUUAUUUGUUAUUCUUUUAAAAGUUAACUGUAAAGAGAAAAUAAAAUAAUGUGUUAGAAUAAAAUUUAUUUUUAAUAAAUUCAUUUAUAAGGUUUUAGAGGAACAAAUUUCAUUUCAAUGUCUAUAAUUAUUUUUAAAGUGAUUUUCUUAUACGGGUAGUUAUAGUUUCUAAAUAAUUUCAUUGCCUAUUUGUUUAUUAAUUUAGGGGGAAAGAAAUUUUAAAAGAUCAUAUCAUUGCCGCUAUUGCUAUCAGCUUCCAUCUUGGUUAACAUGGUGUAAUAAGUCGAUGGAAUGUGCACUGAACCAGCCUCGUAGUUACUAUCCUGCCAGACCUUUCUAUGUAAGCACAUGCUGGGCCCAUUCAAAGGAAUUGUGCAUCGGUAAGUUUAAGUAAAGAUCUUAAUUUUAAAAUUAUUUAAUAUUAAUUAACACCAAAUAGAUGUUGAUGGCAUAUACAGUUUCAUUAUAUUAAAUUUUAUUAACUCAUUUUUAAAUUAAUUUCAAACAGGACGCAGAUGCUUUAGUAAACAGCUUCCUUGUAACUGGUCUCAGGGAUACAAGUGGUCCACAGCCAUGCUACUUAGGUAAUAGUCCUGUCUAUUUUAUUAAUGUUCACAUACUCCUUACAAUAAGAAGUAACUUCUCAAAUUCAUAAAAUAAGUACUUGGUGUUUCAAUUUUAUUUUCAUAUAGAAAAAACUCCGUCCUUAAACUAAAAAUUACAAUUUCUUCAGCAGAGGAUAUACAAUACUAAAAUUCGUAGAAAUCCUUGUAAACUUCAAUUAACUUUCGCAUUAAGUAAAUAUGUCCUCAAACAUCUAUCUUCUAAUGUUUACUCUUCUAUUUAUCUCUUUUUGUUGUUUUAUGUCUGCAUUACUUUUUAAUGUUGUUUAAUGGCUUAUAAAUAAUGCCAUAAUAAAAUGUUCACAAUUUCAGUAUCUUUCUUGGUGGUUUUGGAGUUGAUCGGUUUUAUCUUGGUUUAUGGAGAGAAGGUAUCGGAAAGCUGCUAAGUUUUGGUGGUCUUGGAGUGUGGACUUUGGUAGAUGUGAUUCUUAUAGCUGUUGGAUAUAUUGGCCCAUGGGAUGGAUCACUCUAUAUUUAAAGCAAACUAGUUUUGGAAUGGGUAACAUAGGACUUUGAAAAUAAAAGAUCCGCCAUUUGAAAGUUGCUGUUCAUUUAAUUAUAAAUUUACUUAUACUUAUAUUGAAUAAUAUAAAUAUUAAUGUAGUGAUUUACAUAAUAAAAUAUCAUGUUUGAUUUUUAACUAUGUAUUUUUAAAUUAACAAUAUAUGUAUCUUAUAAUUCAAUGUAUUCCAUGUGUUCACUGUAUGUUAAGUCAUUAACAUAAGUAUUUGAAUGAAGCCUAAUAAAGAGUAAAUGAAUUUUGAAAAUUGUGAUGAUGUUCAAAAUAAAGCUCCUUUAUAAAAGAUUAUUCAAAACAAUUUCAUUAUCUACAGUAUUUAGAAUACAUUAGAUGAAUAAUAAAACUAAAAUAUUUUACUAUCUUCUAUUAUUCAAUUAAAAUAACAUUCUCAUUUUAUUUAUGCCCCAUGGAUAAAAAAAUUAAAUUAAAAAUAAUAAUCAUGACAUUUGUGGCAAAGAAGAUAAAUUUCAAAGUAUGUUAUAAAACUAUAAUGCAGUUCUUUCUUUCUUUUUUUUUCAAUGUAUGGUAUUGUGCUUUAGCAAUUUUAAGUAUAAACUAGUUAAUCCUUACUACUAAUUAUUACUGUGCCCAUACCACACUUCAGAUUACUUGUUUUAGUACUUUUAGCCUGCCCUUUGUUUCUUGUUGGAUUUAACUAUGUUCAGCACUACAUUAGGCAUUUUUUAGGUUUUGUUGUAGGGUGGAUCAGUAGAUUUUGCUUAUGGGAAGGAUUUUCCUCAAAUGCAUCUGCAUGCAGGCAUUAAAUCUAUGGCAUAAUUUUAAAAUAUUGCGAUCAUAACUGGACACAUAAAAAAAAAGCACUUGCGGUGAUAAAUUUUUCUGUGUUCU